UUGCCCACCUAAGAAAAGGGAGGCCCAGAGAGGGCAGGUCUCUUGCCCAAGGUCACACAGGAGACCCAUAGAUUCCAUCGCGAACCCCCCUCCCCACUCGCUCGGCCCCUCCAAUCCGCAGCUCUGCGUGCGGGGGCGCGCGUAUCCCCCGCCGUCUGUCCGUCAGCCCGUCUGUCUGGGUGUCUACGCGGGCUCCGCGGUGCACCCCUCCCCAGCCGCGGGCGCUGCUCAGGAGAGACAAGGCGUUCGCAGCGCCCGGCCCGCACUCCACGCCCGCAACCGCCAGACGGCAGCGCCUGCGUCCGCGCCCGCCCCAGCCGGAGCGCGGGAGCCGCCGGGGCAAGGGCGCAUCGGCCGGCGGCGAUCUCUCGCUCGCUCGCCGCUCUCUGCGCUCGGGAAGCUGAGCGGGCGAGCCCAGCCACCAGCCCUCCAAGAUGAAGAAGCUGCAGGCAGCUCACCUCCGCAAGCCCGUCACCCCUGACCUGCUGAUGACCCCGAGUGACCAGGGCGAUGUCGACCUGGACAUGGACUUUGCGGCAGACCGGGGGAACUGGACAGGCAAGCUGGACUUCCUGCUGUCCUGCAUCGGCUACUGCGUGGGCCUGGGGAACGUCUGGCGCUUUCCGUACCGGGCCUACACCAACGGAGGAGGGGCCUUCCUCGUGCCCUACUUCCUCAUGCUGGCCAUCUGCGGCAUCCCCCUCUUCUUCCUCGAGCUCUCCCUGGGCCAGUUCUCCAGCCUGGGGCCCCUGGCCGUCUGGAAAAUCAGCCCCCUCUUCAAAGGUGCUGGCGCGGCCAUGCUGCUCAUCGUGGGCCUGGUGGCCAUCUACUACAACAUGAUCAUCGCCUACGUCCUCUUCUACCUCUUCGCCUCCCUCACCAGCAACCUGCCCUGGGAGCACUGUGGCAACUGGUGGAACACGGACCUCUGCCUGGAGCACAGAGGCUCCAAGGACGGCAACGGGGCCCUGCCCCUCAACCUCACCAACACCGUCAGCCCCAGCGAGGAGUACUGGAGCCGAUACGUGCUGCACAUCCAGGGCAGCCGGGGCAUCGGCAGUCCCGGGGCGAUCCGCUGGAACCUCUGCCUCUGCCUGCUGCUGGCCUGGGUCAUCGUGUUCCUCUGUAUCCUCAAGGGUGUGAAGUCCUCGGGCAAGGUGGUGUAUUUCACGGCCACGUUCCCCUACCUCAUCCUGCUCAUGCUGCUGGUCCGCGGGGUCACCCUCCCGGGGGCCUGGAAGGGCAUCCAGUUCUAUCUCACCCCCGAGUUCCACCACCUCUUGUCUUCCAAGGUGUGGAUCGAAGCUGCUCUUCAGAUCUUCUACUCCCUGGGUGUGGGCUUCGGGGGUCUCCUCACUUUUGCCUCCUACAACACGUUCCACCAGAACAUCUAUAGAGACACCUUCAUUGUCACUCUGGGCAAUGCCAUCACCAGCAUCCUGGCUGGCUUUGCUAUCUUUUCCGUGCUGGGCUACAUGUCUCAGGAGCUGGGUGUGCCUGUGGACCAAGUAGCCAAAGCAGGCCCCGGCCUGGCCUUUGUUGUCUACCCCCAGGCCAUGACCAUGCUGCCUCUGUCGCCCUUCUGGUCCUUCCUCUUCUUCUUCAUGCUUCUGACCCUCGGCUUGGACAGCCAGUUUGCCUUUCUGGAGACCAUCGUGACAGCUGUGACAGAUGAGUUCCCGUACUACCUGCGGCCCAAGAAGGUGGUGUUCUCGGGGCUCAUCUGCGUGGCCAUGUACCUGCUGGGGCUGGUCCUCACCACCGAAGGGGGCAUGUACUGGCUGGUCCUUCUGGACGACUACAGCGCUAGCUUCGGGCUGAUGGUGGUGGUGAUCACCACGUGCCUCGCCGUGACCCGGGUGUAUGGCAUUCAGAGGUUCUGCCGAGACAUCCACAUGAUGCUGGGCUUCAAGCCGGGCCUCUACUUCAGGGCUUGCUGGCUGUUCCUGUCCCCAGCCACGCUCUUGGCCCUGCUGGUGUACAGCAUUGUCAAGUACCAGCCCUCGGAGUACGGCAGCUACCGCUUCCCGCCCUGGGCCGAGCUGCUGGGCAUCCUGAUGGGCCUGCUGUCCUGCCUCCUGAUCCCCGCCGGCAUGCUGGUGGCCGUGCUUAGAGAGGAGGGCUCGCUCUGGGAGCGGCUCCAGCAGGCCAGCCGGCCGGCCAUGGACUGGGGCCCGUCGCUGGAGGAGAACCGGACAGGCAUGUACGUGGCCACGCUGGCCGGGAGCCAGUCGCCCAAGCCGCUGAUGGUGCACAUGCGCAAGUACGGGGGCAUCACCAGCUUCGAGAACACGGCCAUCGAGGUGGACCGCGAGAUUGCCGAGGAGGAGGAGUCCAUGAUGUGAAGCAGGAGGCAGGCGGACAGAGGCCCUGCCCAGGCCUCACAGUCCCUCCUGAGGGGCCGCAAGGGCCAGCCGUGCCCCGUGGGGUUCUGAGAGGCUGCGGGAGGUGAUGCUGCUCCCCCAGGUGUGCAAGUCCCUUUUGUGGCCUCUGCCCCUCCUGGAACCUCCGUCAACUCCCUGUACACACACACACACACACACAGACACCCAUUCAGAACUGAGAAUGACCCAGCUCAGCCUCACUUUGGAGAUAGGCAAAUUGAGGCCAGGAAGGUGGGGACUUGCUCAACGUCACAUGGCAGAGGGGACUCGACCCCAGGCCUCCUGACCAGCCAGCUUCAUUUCCCCUGGGGCAGCUGACACCACCUUCUCAUCUCUGUUCAGGGCCCACGCUCCUCCCUUUUCUCGGGGAGCCUGUCCCCACUACUUCAACACAAGCAGAAUCUUGAGCUGGGCAGGGACAGUCAGGGCCGCAGAGGGGACGGAGGGCCAGUAAGUCAAAUGGAGACAGGGAUCCCGGGGCUCCGGCCGCAGACCUGGUGCUGUGGGUCUCCUGAAGGAGGUGGGAGUUGAGGGCCCAGGAGAGGGGAGCGGUUUGCAGAAUGAGGGAGAGGAGAGUAGGGUGGGAGGGCCUCUGGGCCAGGAGGAGGGGAGCGGUUUGCAGAAUGAGGGAGAGGAGAGUAGGGUGGGAGGGCCUCUGGGCCAGGAGGAGGCGGAGCGGGCUGGGGCAGAGACCACUGCCAGGUUGCAGGAGGGUUCCCAGCCAGUCCAGUCCGAAGGGGAAGUGACAGCGGGAGCCAGGCACCAGGACGGCGGCCAGGGGAUGCAUGGAGGGGAACAUAGUUCUGGGUUUGUGCAGGGCAGAUCUGAGGGAGGCAGGGUGGAGGCGGGAGGCCUGUGGAGGAGGAACAAGAGGUGCUGGUGGCCUGAGCCAGGGUGUUGGGCUGCGGUGGGGACAAAAAGGAAGCCCUAGCAUUUCAGAGAAGGGCCACCCCUUCACCCAGCCAACCCCGAGCUGCACAAGCUGGGGAGGUGGGAACAAGGGUCACAGUCCCUUCUGCCUUGUCCCAGCAGCCCUUGCUGUGUCCCGCAGCUCCAGGCAAUCCUGGGAAGCUGGCCUUGGUUGUAGAUGGCAGGGCAGCCUCGAGACCCUGAGGUGAUCCCCACACAUGCCCAGCUGCUCCUGGGCCUGGGCUAGCAGGGGGGCUGGCAGAGAGCACUGAGAGAGGAGGGUGGGGUGCAGAAAUGCCCGAGCAGGACUCUUGCACAUGGCAUUCUCCGGAAGGGCAGGGACCCUCAUGCAGCUGUGUCUCCUCUGUGCCCCGUCUCUGGUGUCUCCCAUCCCAUCUGCGUUCUGUCGGCUGCUGUUAAUAAACACCACGUGAAGUCGUG